AUGAUUGCACUCUGCAGGUCACAGCAUCAGUACUCUGCACGUGUCACGAGCUUCGCGUUGGAAACUUCACAUGCACGCCAAGAAACCGGGAUCAUCAACAAGCCGCCAUUCAAAACAACUCAAGGAACUACAUUCCUCUCUCCAACCCACAGUCGCAACCACUCUUCGUCCUUCGCCGGCAUACAUCACUGCAAAGCAUUCGGCCAACUUGCCAUCGCCACGAACGGACUCAUAGCAGCGCAAGCGCACAAUCGUUUCCUCCCGCUAACCGAAACCAUGAAUCCAGAACAGAACUUCGUGGACAACUACAACGGCACCAAAGCGACCGAGGCGCUCCAAGUUGUCGAGCUAGCCGAGCACAUUCUUUCCUUCCUCGACAUUCGCCCUAUCAUCAAGACGACUCGAGUCUGCAAGCAGCUCCGCGACACCCUCGCAACAAGCUCGAAGCUCCGCACUCUCACAUAUCUGGCCCCUGAGCCCCAGCAUGCGACCUUCGAAGAGCUCGUAGCGCGCAACCAGAACGACUUCGACAGGAACCCACUUCCCAGCUUCUCCGGUAUCGCCAUCAAUCCGCUGGUCUUCGAGGACGCUUUUCGAGACUCACGCAACCGGUGUAUAGCUGCGGCUAUCAUAGACACCAAAGUCCUGUUCCUGCCACCUUAUAGCGACAUCAUGGACUAUGACUAUCUCCAGAUUGACGAAGGCGAGCAACACAGCUGCCUGGAUAUCAAUCGAUACAUCGAAGACGCUGCGGUCACAAAAGCGAUCGCAGAGACCCCAGGCUCUGCCCGACACAUGCUACUCGCAUACCAGCCAAGCCAAAAGGACAUUGAAAUCACACUCGACCUGGAUAUCCGCGAGAACCGUUCAUGCCUCGAUGUCCGGGCUGGGGUGACGGUUUCUGGCAAGAUUCCUUUGGGCGGGCUGUGCGAUGUUCUCAAUCUGCUUUGGACUUGUCUGCGGGAUCCAGGAGUGUUGAGAGAGGAAACAAAGGAUGGUUUUACGGUCGCGCAGGAGCAUCUUCGUGGCAAGGCUGGAGAGCUGGGAAGGCGGUGCGAAGUUCAAGACGAAGUGGGGGAAUUGAGGACGAGGGGAUUUGAAGCAGGUCGGCGCUAUCGUCUGAGAAAUGAGAUGGAACGACAGAGCGUACAGCAAUACGACUACCUUUUGAAUGGAUCUUUUCUCCUACUAAAUGUCGCGCCAGCCGUCGAUCAGAAUGCGUGUAUUAAAAAAAAACAGAAAUCGGGUUCCACUUCACGCAAGAUCCAGCUUAUAGUGAUCGUCAGCCGUAUGAGGCAUGAUGUUGGUGUGAGAUGUGUAAUGAGUCUCAUUCUACUCCAAAAGCCGUCUUUGCAUGUCAACGCUCGACGAUGUCGUCUUUUCUGGGCGCUGGAUCUCCCAUGCGAGUUAUUAUGA